AUGCAAGAUCCAGCAACUGCAGCAGCAGCCGCAGCAGCAGCUUCUUAUCAAUCUUCGUAUACCACGUUUCCAAUGCUACAAGCAGCGGCAGCUGCUGCUGUCAUGCCACCACCUCCAUCACCACAAGCUCCUCCACCACCACAAGCACCUCCUCAGCUACAUCACCCUGAUGUCAAUCAGCAGCAACCACAUAAGGAUAACACGACACUAAGCCCCCUGAGUAGUGGUAGCACCGUCAGCCCCACAGGAAGCCCUAGCUUAUCCAAAGAUAUCAAGCUUCACUCAAACAGCGUCGUAUCUAUUCCCGAUCAUUCUUGCUCUUCUAUGAUAGUGGAUGGAACAACAGCAACUACAUCUACAACAACAUCUGCAUCAGGAAGUUCGGUGCCUGUACGAGUGACAAGACCACCCAAUGCAUUCCUAUUAUUCAACAAGGAAAUGCGUAAACAACUCAAGGAGUCGAAUCCCAGUAUGAAAGUGGCCGAGAUCAGCAAGGAGAUUGGUGAAAGGUGGAAAAAGCUUAGUGCAACUGAAAAGGAGCGCUAUGUCAAUGAAGCCAACAGCAUCAAAGAGACGCAACGCGCAAUGCAUCCAAAUUCCAUGUACAUACGCCGAUCCAAGGCUGAGUUGGCCAAGGCUGGUCAUUAUGCCAAGCUUAAACGAAAGGCUAUGCUUGUUCAGCAACAACAACAACAACAGCAGCAACAAUCAGCAGAUGAUCAUCUCCUUGGAGACGAUGUAGCAACCACAUCCACCACAUCAUCUCAUAGCUCCUCCAAUAGCAGCAAUAAUCGAGGAUCAAUGUCGACAAUGUUUGGUCGCACAACUAAGGAAGGAAAAACCCGUAAACGCCAAAGGCGUGACAAGAACCCUGCAGCACCCAAACACCCCUUGUCAGCCUACAUGUGGUUCCUCACCGAAGUUCGUCCAGAGACGAUGCAAACGUAUCCUGGUUCAACAGUGGGCCAAAUCAGCAAAUUAUGUGCCGAUCGAUGGAAUAGCAUGACAGCAAGCGAACAAUUACCUUGGCACAACAAAGCUCAAGCUGACAAGGCACGCUAUGCUCGUGAGAUGCAAAUUUAUGCUUCCCAUCAUGAUCAUCCAAUGGGUCGUGGAACUCGGCAAAAGUACCGAGCAGCUGCGGCAGCAGCAGCAGCAGCAGCAGCCGCUGCAUCAGCCGCUGCUACAUCGACGGCAUCAGUUGGAGGGACACCAGCAAUGACUACUACAGCAGCAACAACAAGUGCAUUAUCAGUAGCAGCAGCAGCAAUAGGAGGAGAAGGAGUUGGCGUUUCUUCGAGUGCAAUGACUACGAUAUCCACUUCACCAUCUCCAAUGAUGACCUUGUCUUCUACAACAUCGAACUUGUUAUUACCUACUACUGCUAGUACCACUGCUACGGAUCAUCAUCACCACCAUCCUCAUCAUCACCAUCCUCUUUCGAUUACCACAACACCAUUCCAUCAUCAUCAUCAUCCACCGCAACCAUCUCCUAUACCCAAUCAAUACUCGACUACCACAACUACAACUACUACUCAGGAGCAUGCACUUCACCCCGCAUCCCAACCGCAUCAUCAACAUCAUCCACAUCAUUCAACUCCACAACAACAACAUCAUCAUCACCAUCACGCCUUAUCCAUGCCAAACAGUCCUACAGCUCUGUUGCAUCCAACCCCCGAUGAUACCUCUUCCAUGCAAACCGCAGCAGACGUGGCAGCAAUCUUUUCAGCUUCACGCAUGAAUCGUCCCGGCGAAUAA